UUGGGUCGAUUAGUGGAAAUAUUUAGUCUUUUCCGAAUUCCUUUCGGUAAAAAUUGUCGGAAUUAUUCAGUUCGUCCGUGGUUUGAUUUUUCUGGACAUUAAUGGUUUAGUUUGGAAGCUGGUCAAAUGUUUUUGACACUCGGUACUGUUAGAUUGUCCAGUUUCCUCUUUUUUUUUCUCUUGAUUUCUACGGGAACAUUUGUCGCCUUUGGUGAAGUGGUGGUAAGAUGUUGUUCAUGAGUUGAUGCAUGAGAUCUGUAAACUUUGUUGGGUGGUCUCCCGCCCAUGACUUUGGUGGGACACAUGAGAGUUAAUUAAAAACUCUAAACCUAAUCAGUUAGAUGAGAAAAAUCUAAAAGGUAGCCGUAGCAGGAAGAAAAGAGGCUUUCAUCUGUGAAGAAGAAAGAUUCAAUGAUUGACAAAAGUAUCGGAAUCUUUUGUUAUCCGUCAUGCUUGCUUCCACGAAAGUUUCGGCCUUCUUCCCUGUCCCAUCUUCCUCCUCUGUGGUCUCAGCAAAAGCAUCAUUGAAGGCCGUCACCGACAGCCCUGAAAACUUGGACGUCCGUGGCAUUGUAGCCAAGCCUAUUUUGUCAUCAGGCACCAUGGAGGUCAAGGCACAGGCCCAAGCUCUUCCAAAGGUUAACGGGACUAAGUUUGGCCUGAAAAUCGAUGCCCAAAAGAUUGAGGAAGAUGCUCCCUCAGCAUCGAGGACAUUCUACAAUCAAUUGCCGGACUGGAGCUUUCUUUUUGCUGCCAUAACAACCAUUUUCUUGGCCGCAGAGAAACAGUUUACCCUUAUUGACUGGAAGCCCAGGAGGCCCGACAUGCUUGGUGACGCAUUCGACCUUGGGAAAAUAAUGCAGGAUGGAUUAGUUUUCAGGCAGAACUUCUCCGUCAGAUCAUAUGAGAUAGGGGCAGAUGGAACAGCUUCUAUAGAGACUUUGAUGAACCAUCUACAGGAAACAGCCCUUAACCAUGUAAGAAGUGCUGGGCUCCUGGGUGAUGGCUUUGGUUCGACACCUCAAAUGAGUAAGAGAAAUUUGAUUUGGGUUGUGACCAAGAUGCAGGUCCUUGUAGAACAAUAUCCUUCCUGGGAGGAUGUCGUUGAAGUAGAUACAUGGGUGGCUCCAUCUGGGAAACAUGGGAUGCGCCGUGAUUGGCAUGUUCAUGACUAUCAAACAGGUCAAACUGUUCUCAGAGCGACCAGUGUGUGGGUAAUGAUGAACAAACAGACUAGGAGAUUGUCUAAACUUCCAGAGGAAGUUAGGGAAGAGAUAGGAUCCUAUUUUGUGGACCAUGAUCCUGUUAUAAAUGAGGAUAGCAGAAAGCUUCCGAAGCUUGAAGAUAAUACUGCAGAUUAUGUUCGCAGGGGGCUGACUCCUCGAUGGGGUGAUUUGGAUAUCAAUCAACAUGUGAACAAUGUCAAGUAUAUUGGCUGGAUCCUUGAGAGUGUACCAACCUCAAUCUUAGAGAGCCAUGAACUUGCAGGCAUGACUUUGGAAUACAGGCGGGAAUGUGGGAGAGACAGCAUGCUGCAAUCACUCAGUGCUGUCUCAGACAAGAGUCCUGAUGGUUCACCGGAUGCCAGCAUCGAGUGCCAGCAUCUUCUGCGUAUGGAAUGCGGGGCCGAGAUCGUGAGGUGUCGAACAGAUUGGCGGCCCAAAUGUGUGCAGGGGCUUUAGAAAACGAAGCCACUUGGAGCCGGGAGUGCAUGAUGGAUCAAUCAAUGGAUGGGUUAACUACUGAUUUCCAUCAUCCACUGGGGCAGGAUGGAGUCAGCUAAUUGAAGCCCUCUUUCUAUAUCUCUUGCCCUACUGCCAAAUACCAAUCUCUGUAGAAAAGAGAUGGAGAUCGUAUAGAAUUGCUCGUGUUAUUUGUUUGUUUCAUUUUAUUCACCCUCAUAUUUGUCCCUUGCCAAUAAGAUUUUCACUUUGGAGUCAUGUCGGUGUCUGCUGUGUAAUUAAUUGUCAUUGUUCAUAAUUUGUUUCUUCUGAAAUCUGGACAAAAGACAUAUACUAUUCAAGUGGUCUGGUGGCUUUCUGCA